UCACUCUCUCUCUGUCUCUCCUUCUUCUUCUCUUCAGGGAAGCAGAACUGAAGCUUCAUUUUUGGGCUUCACCAGCGAGAUUUCCAUUGCGUAGAAGGCAAAUUUCUGCAGCAAAGCUUCUUGGAGCAACGAGAAAUGUUGUAGAGAUGUUCAAAUUUUGAGAAGUGAUAAGCUUGAAGUAUGGACUUGGAACAAAAAGAUGACGGCGAUGGAAGAUCAGAUAAUUCGUCAAAUGAUGACAAGAACUUUUUGCUGAACUUCAUUAUGGGCACAUAUUUAGGUCCUGAUGUAACUAUUGAUAACCCAAGAAGCUCCGCAUUUCAAAGACUAGCCAAGGAUUCACCGCCAUACACAUUGAAAGAUUUGGGACCUUCAUAUGUUAGUAUUGUUUUGUUGGAGAAUUUAUAUUACUAUCUCCUGAGGAAAGCUGAGCGUUGCCUGAUUUUGAAGCCAGAAAUGUUGCAUAAGUACAUAAAGGGCAGUCUGCAUUUUCCAAAUUUGUCGGUGUCUGAAGACACUCGGCAGUUCAUGAGGUUUUUCCCUUUGGAUCUCCAUGAACAGAUAUGGUAUCCUCAAAGCUUUAGGGUUGUGAAAGGGAUUGUUCUUAUUGAUGAUCCCGUUAUGUUGCAUAGGGAAGAGGACUUAGAUAAGUUCAGAUCUCUAUCUCGUCUGAGAGAUUUCAAGAUAGAUAUGGAUGAGUUUGUCCAAUUUGAACACAACUACCACAAUGGCAAUGAUGACGGUGAACAGAAUUUCUCGGAUAGUGGUAAGGAGACAUCAAGCAUGGGACAAAAAAUUUCAGAUGGGUAUGCACAUCCAUCGGUCAGAUCUCAGCAAAAGUUUAAGAGAAGGCGUGAUGACUGUGACUCAAUACCUAUGUUUCCUGUGGGAAAAUAUUAUAUUAGCAAAGGAGAUUUCCAAAGGGCACGUAUGUCUGAUGGACCAGCCAUUAUGCCUCUUCUUUUGGAUGUGCAAAAAUGCAUCCCCAAAUCAGAUGCGUCCAUUGUUUUAUCCGGGAUUGCGAAGAAAGGAAAACUGGGACCUCCAGUUGGUGUCGUGGAUGUUGGCGUUAGCAAAGUUGCAUACUAUUUUCGAGUUGCUCUACCAGGGGUCAGAAAAGAUUAUUGCAAAUUCAGCUGCGAGAUUGAAUCUGCCGGGAAGGUUCACGUGCGAGGGUUGACGACCGGGGGUAAAACUAUAAGAAAACCUUCACGCGUGUUUGAGAUGAAGUUUCAGCAGUUAUGCCCGCCGGGACCAUUCACACUGUCUUUCACUCUUCCAGGGCCUGUGGAUCCGAGGCUCUUUGCUCCCAACUUCAGAUCAGAUGGCAUUUUCGAAGGAGUGAUCAUAAAACACACCAAAAAAAUAUAUUCUUGUGAGCUCAACAUAUUUGAUCUCAUGGAGGGGCAAAAGUUUGCGGGCAAUCCACAACUGAAGCCAUCUGUUGUUUUUACGGGAACUGCAAAGGAAGGAAGUGUUGGGCCUCCGGUUGGUCUUGUUGACGUCGGUGAGAGUGAAGGUGCUUACCUUUUCAGAGUUGCACUUCCUGGUGUCAAGAAAGAUCAAUGUAAGAUAAAAUGUGAGAUUCAACGUGAUGGGAGAGUCCAUAUUGAAGGAGUUAUGACAGGUGGUGUAGGUCCUCUAAGAGACUCAUCAACCGUGUAUCAGAUGAAGGUUCAGCAACUAUGUCCCCCUGGACCAUUUACCAUUUCGUUUAGCCUGCCUGGUCCUGUAGACCCUCGUUUGUUUUCUCCGAGUUUUCGGCCCGAUGGCAUACUGGAAGUGGUGGUUAUGAAACACAGAAAACCUCCUGCAGGAGGCUGGUGCCCACCUUCGUGAUCUUGGUGUAAGCUUAUGAUUUUUUGCCCCCUUCUCUCUCUCUCUCUCUCUGUUUCCUUAUUUUUGUUGGAGUUUGCCCCCUGGACAUUCGGGAGAAUUGGAACUGGAAGGGUGAUGCAUGUUCACAAAUGCCCGUACCAUGGGUUGGAAAAGGUUGCUCAGAUGAUGCAUGCAUUGUCAAUACUUUCUUUUCUUUAGAUGUGGCUAGGAUGUAAGGCAUUCCAUAUGUUAAAUUAUCUGUAUUACCAUUAGUGAUAGUCACCAGAUAUUUGGUAGUAUAUUAUUGCAACAUAACGAAACUUGAUUUAAUUUAUUUUUAUUUUUACUUUUUAUCAUGUAAUCGUUUAAU